GCUCGAUGCAACCACCUGCAUGGAUGUUGGAUGUUCCGCCGGACGGGCCUUUUUUCUCGCCCCUCCACGGAUAAGCCUUUUAGUUCUCCUCCCUCACGCCUUCUCCGCUCGAGACAUACUCGUUUUGUCUUACAGCAGACCCCAUUCUCCAGCCAUGGCCGAGAAGGUCCUGAACGAUAUCUCCCAUCGCCGAUACAAUCCGCUCACAGGCGGGUGGUUGCUCGUAUCACCCCAUAGAACAAAACGGCCAUGGCAGUAAGACCUUUUUGAUAUCCGCCCACUGCUGCUUAUGGCGACUGUCCCUAAUUCAGAGAAAGAGGCCAGCAGGAAGCUCCUUCCAAGAACCAAUUGCCCGAAUAUGAUCCCAAGGCGCGUACACCAAGAUAGUUAGUUGAUGACGAAGAGGCAGCCCUGACAGAUGAGCAGUGCUAUCUCUGCCCGGGCAACCAGCGAGCGCAGGGGGAUUCGAAUCCGCAAUACGAGAACACGUUUGUCUUCGUCAAC